GUGUGUGUGGGGAGGGAGGGAUGGCUGGCUGUGGCAGGUCUGCGGCGCGGGGCUGAAUCUCAAUGAGAAAGCGGCCAAUGUAAAUCACUGCAAGACACGGAGGAGAGAGAGAGAGAGAGAUAGAGAGAGAGAGAGAGAGAGAGAGAGAGAGAGAGAGAGAGAGAGAGAGAGAGAGAGAGAGAGAGAGAGAGAGACAGCAGCUGCCGACCGAGCAGCCAGCCUCCUCUGCGGGACAACAAAGGAGGUGCCGGGCUCACAUCACGACUCCUGUCAGCAACUCAACAUCUGAAUCGUGACGAUUACGAAGAAACCUUCAAUAUUCCCUAAACCUUCACCUUUAGGCAAGUAGAAAGCUCUAAUCCGACUGGACGCCAUGGAGGAACACUUUGACGAGAGGGACAAAGUGCAGCGCAACAGCCGGAGCUCAGGCCGGGCGAACGGGCUGCUCAGCCCCACUCACAGCGCGCACUGCAGCCUGUACCGGACGCGCACCCUCAAAGCUCUGAGCCAGGAGAAGAAGGCGAAGAAAGUGCGCUUUUACCGUAAUGGUGACAAGUACUUCAACGGCAUAGUGUACGCUAUCUCGUCGGACCGGAUAAGAACCUUUGACGCUUUGCUGGCCGACCUGACCCGAACCCUCUCUGACAACGUCAACCUCCCCCAAGGGGUCCGAAUUAUCUACUCCAUAGAUGGUACCAAAAAAAUCAGCAAUAUAGAUCAGCUGGUGGAGGGUGAGAGUUAUGUGUGUGGCUCCACCGAAGCCUUCAAAAAACUUGACUACUCCAACAAUGUCAACCCUAACUGGUCUGUGAAUGUGAGGGCCCUGGGCUCCAGCAAGUGCCCCACGUCUCUAGCCAGCUCGAAAUCAGGCCCGCAGUCCAAAGAGAGCAAAGACUUCAUCAGACCCAAACUGGUCACCAUCAUCCGGAGUGGGGUGAAGCCACGGAAGGCAGUUCGUAUCCUGCUCAACAAGAAGACGGCUCACUCCUUUGAGCAAGUUCUCACUGACAUUACAGAUGCUAUAAAGCUCGAUUCUGGCAUCGUCAAGAGGAUCUACACUCUUGAGGGAAAACAGGUCGCGUGUCUUCAAGAUUUCUUUGGAGAGGAGGACAUCUUCAUCGCAUGCGGCCCAGAGAAGUUCCGUUACCAGGAUGACUUUAUGUUGGAUGAAAGCGAGUGCAGAGUGGUGAAAUCAACAUCCUAUGGAAAGAUGGGAUCUUUAAACAGAAGCUCUCCCAGAAGUCUUGCCCUUUCCAGACGCAGCAAGUCUCCUUCUGGAUCAGUGAAUGGGACCCCGGCCAGUCAGCUGUCCACACCCCAUUCUACAAAAUCGCCCAGUCCGUCUCCCACCAGCCCGGGGAGCUUGAAGAAACGCAGGGAAAUGGACAAGGCCAUCAUUGACAGCACAGCUUAACUUCCCCCAUUCUUCAAAGUGGCACUAAGAUCCACAGUCAAUCCUUAGUCUCGGCCACUACAUUUGGAAACUGUCUCUCAUGUUUCAUCAUCAGAGUUACCUUGAAAUCGGGGUCCAGAAUUAACUUUUGCCAAUAACCUGCCAAUGGCGAUAAUUUCAGAAAAUAAAUACCACAUUUUUCGUACCUACAGUGAAUCUGUAUUUUUCAUGAUUUGUAAAAUGUGUAAAAUGUCGACAGGGUUUUUCACGGAUGUACAGUGCAAAUCAUCUGACGACACGCACCUUUUUUUGAUAAACUUUAUAUAGGUUUCAACUAAUUUGCAUCAGUGAGGAUAAGACUAUACAUGUAAAUCAUAUACUAUACUGCAGUUUAUAAUAAUGUUACCUGCCAACAAGCAAAUAAUGUUUUUUUUAUUUACUUACCAAAACUAUUUUUACUCAGAUUUGGUGGUUGGCCAGUGCUAAUUUUGGACCCUGAUUGACACAGCAUUGAGAAAGAGAAAUGGUACAUGCUGUUGAAGGGGCAUGCAACUCACCAGGAAAUGUUUCACUGUUCACUCUUUUCCCCCAAGAAACAAGUUAAUAUUUGGUUUCUGAGGAAAGUUUGUGUACGACUGGCAGAAGUUUGUGCACUUUUGACCAGGUCAAACUGUCUCUAAUCCUUGCAGACUAAUGCAAAGAGGUUUAAACUUCUCCCCAGUCCAGAGUUUCUCUCAGGUUAUAUUAUGAGCCUUAAAGCCAAGUGAUUACUCUUGACUCUUAAGAGAGAGAGAGAGAAGCCAGAGUCUCUCUCUCUUCCAUUCAUUCUGAGUGUCUUUUCCUCUUUCUUAGUGUUUCAUGACUAAAGUGCACUAGAGCAUUCAAUCACUGAGGAUAUUGCACUCCAUUCCAAACGAUCAAAAUGUUCAGCUUUUGGGACACAUCAAAUCCAGCCGCAGGCAGUUCACGUGCUGAUAUUGACCUAAAAUAGAUUAAUCAGAAACUGUUGGCCACUUACCAACCGGAGCUUUACUGACCUUAAACCAGUUCACAGUGAAACAACAGGUUUAUGUUCUCACUAGUCCUUUCUCUGAUUAGGGUUAACCCCUGAGAAAUGUUUUAAAUCACUUAAAAAAAAUCCAACCAUAUCUGAAACCAAGAUAAAUGUUAUUAGUUUAAUAACAGUUAUUUUAUAUGAUUUGCCAUAUGGGAGCCCCCAUUUAAAGAUAACAUGACUAGCAUUUUUUCUUGGUUAAUAUUUGACUGCAAAUAUGGCAUUUCUUCAAUAGCAUUGCAACAGAAUCUUUUUGCUUUUAUAUGACGUUAAAAGCCAAACGUAAUUGGCUGCACCUCUGAGAGAAAGUACAGACAUGUUCAACUUUUUAUAUUCUAAACUGUUCCAGAUUGCAUUAGAAGUGGCUAAACUUCCUCUUGAGGAAGAGUCUGACUUUUAAUGAUUCUAAAUGUGAUUCGGUCGAUGCGCCAGUUAAGAAAAAGAGACGCCGAGCUCUUUGUGUUCGCCCUCCACCCACUAGCAAAGACUCUCAGAUUCUCGUCAUUCUUUCACUUAUCUCUUACCGCAGCCUGAGCUCUUGAAGUUGGAUGAUCUCUCUGCGGUUUGAUUCUGUCAGAUGGCUUUGCUCUCAGCUCAUUGCUGUUGCAGAAUGAGAAUUUGGGACAGUCAGAUCUGCCCAAAGCAGAGACGCAUCUCAGCGUCUUUACAACCAUCUCCUGCAUAAGUGGGUCAGGCUUUGAAAACUCCCCAGUGGAGUUCUGUGAAUGAAGGAAGGAGAAAAAACAUUUACAUAAAUACGAUACAAAUGCAAAAGAACUGAAUGUUCUCUCCGAAUUCUUCCAAAGAAGCAGGCACUUCUUUAUCUGGCUUAUGAAUUUAUAUGAGUCUCUGAUUGUUGUUAUUGUGGCUUAUUCAAUUAGUUUGCUGUUUUCUAAUACAUUGCUUAAUGUGUGUGAUUACAGCGGUCAUUAUAUAUAUAUAUAUAUAUAUAUAUAUAUAUAUAUAUGAUAGUUUGUACUGCAGUUUUAAAUGACCUCACUUCCAAGUGAAUGAAUUAAACACUGAUCAUUACUACUGAUUCAUUAUUAAUUAGCUUUACCGCUCAAGCUGGGCUGUGGAUUACAUUCAAUGCAUGACCCACUUUUAGAAACGAGCUACACGAGAGUGCCGGAUCUAUACUGGGAAUAUCUACGUGUGUGUGUGUGUGGCCUCUGUGUCCUCAGGCAUAUCCCCUCCAUCAUCUCUUUCUUUCCACAAGAUCUCAGUUCCUCUGGGGAAAAAUAUGGAACACAUACGCAUUUGAUGCUAUGGCGACAAAUACAUUUUUAAUCCAUGUCAAAACACAUAAAAUAGGGAUGUUGUUUCCAAGUCCGCUAAUCCACCCAAAUCUGGCUUAAACAAGGAUGAAUCGAGGUAAAUGAGGUUACAAUUUAAAUCGUAUCAUCAUAGUUGUGUUAGAUUAAAUGGAUUUUUGUUCAGUCAUUUUUUAUGGAAGGUUAACUAUGAAAAUGUUGCAUAACACGGAAAGUAAGGCCAUCAAGUUCAGCAUCAAACCUAUCUUUAAAACAGUGCUGUUUAGAAUUGAACUGAAAAUGCACAUGUUCAAUUCCUGAGAUUUAGCUAGAUUCGAGGUAGCGUUCUGCUUUUAAUUAUGGUUGAGAUAGACAAAGUAAAUUCUGUGGAUGCUUCAUCUCUAUUAAAUGAUGUCCCUCAAGCUGUCUGUUGGGUUGCAUGCUCUUCACAUUUUCUGUUGGCAUUUUCACACCUGUAUUUUUUUUCCGGUGUUGAAAUGACAUUGUUUUUGUGUGCAUGUGAUGUGUGUUUUCAAUCAUUCCACGAACGUUGAUUUAAAAAGUAAUGGUAGCAUCUUCCAAGUAUGUUAUCGUUUCACAUGGAUGUUUAAAAAGAAGUUGAAUUUUUGCAUUUGCUUGUUUUUCUGUUUAUUGUACAUGAACAAAAUAACUUUCUUAAAGGGAUAGUUCACCCAAAAAUGAAAAUUCUGUCAUAAUUUAUUCACCCCCAUGUCAUUCCAAACCUAUUAUUUUGUGAAACAGAAAAAGUGAUUUUUCAAAACAUACUUUCAUGGAGUUUUUCAUUUUUGAGUGAGCAGUUUCUUUAUUUGCUUGCUUCACAUUCAUUCAAAAAAAAUAUACUGUAUGAUACCAUGUAAAGAUCACCACUUCUGUUUCUCUGGCUCUGCAGUAAUUUUCACUCCUAUUGUGUUCCAUUGGUUUUCAUUGUUCUGCUGUUUUCACCUUUUUGUUUUGCUCAGUUUUAUAGUCCUGUGUAUUUUUGCUUUCAAGCCAUUGUCAAUCAUGUAGUUUUUUUUUUGUUUUUGCUUUAGUUUUGUAUCAUAGUUGUUUAUAUGUAUAGAAAGACAAGACUGUCACUUUCUGGUCUAAUGCAUUGUCUGUUUGCCACAAAGCAUGUCAUGAAACGUUUCCAUCAUGUACGUAUAUGAUUGAAGAUGCUAAAUGCAUUAAACAGUAAGUCUCUUUAACUAGUACAAACUCACCCGGAUGUUCUUUACUAAAUCUUUUGGGUCCUCUUCUGUUUAUAUGGGACAGUUUGGAUCAGAGCUCCUUUUAAUCACAUUUAUUUGUCCCAGUCUUUGUUUCUUAUUAUUAGCUGCCCAAAUAUCUAGAGUUAAUGACAAAUUAAUGCAGCCGGUCAUGGAAUUAGAUUAUUCUGACUAUUGUGAGAUUUUCUCACAUUGCUCUUAAUGGAGUUGCAGCUAAGAGGUCUCUACAGCUAUUCCCGAAAAGAGUAGCAGCCAUCAUGAUGAGAACAGCGGGAUCCUGUCUGGCCAUUGGAUUUAAUUUCCCCACGGCAUCCACAUCUUCACAAAACAAAAUCAUCUCAGACAUUAAAUCAGUCAUUCAAGCCAUUAUGCAAUUAGUCUGCAACAAAAUGACAAGAGUGACCUUAAAAUGCAAUAAUGCGGCAUUGUUAUUGAUACUGAGCCUGUUAAUUGUUUUAUUUUUAAAGGAUGAUUUGAUAAAGUGUUCCUGCGACACUACAUUAGAGAUCAUUGAGGUAAAUUUGCGUUAUCAGUAUCAUAAUUGCACAGACUGUUAUGCAACCGAGUACUUACAUUUGCAUGCAAACUCAUGGAUUUAACAUGAUUGAUUGCUGAGAGGCAAAUACUUACUGCAUAGUUUAUUCUGUUUUUUUCUGGUCCCGAGUAAAAAAAGCACAGAAAUCCAGCUUGUUUGGAGUGAUUUGACCUAGCAUUCAGCCAGGAAACAGGAAGAUACCUUAUAUGGGCUUGUCUCUGGCUGCUUCCUGUCUCGCAGAGGGAAAAUAUUAUUAGUACACUCCAACAGUUUCCAUGGUAACAAGAGUUUUGAUAGCGCCAGGACAAACUGUGAUCUGAAUGAAAUAGAAAAAGGAUGCGGAAACACACACACACACACACACACACACACUCUCGAGUCAAAACUGUUUCUGAUGACACUUAAACAACCCUACCUUGGCAGUCUCAUAUGCAUCCACUCAAACUGCCAUUAUCAGACAGUGCGUGUAGGUGUGCUGACCCUCCAUGACCCAUCCACUGUUUCGUCUCUGUAGAUUUGCGCUUCGUUCUUGCCAUUAGCAGCCCCUCAGAGGUGCGUCCGGGCCGUGGUUGCACGCCACUACCGUCCAAUCAAAUCCAUUCGAGCUCCAGGAGAGCACAGUGCUCCCAGAGACAUCAUUCCAAUUACUCUCCACGCAGACCUGAAAGGGUCCCUGCACCCUGACUGGCGGCAACCGGGAGCGAAAACCAAUUUACAGCACAGCCAGUAACUUCGCUCACACUUGCUGCUGCCAUGGCAACCAGCAAAGAAACACCGAUAACUGGCUUUAUCCUAACGCUGUGCUGUGUUUAAAAGUGAGAAUGAGGAUUGUGUCCCGACUGUCCUGAUGGGAAUAGUAACACGGGGCAGCUUGAGGAUAUCCACCACAGGUAGAAAGAUGGAAUACUCCAGUGAGUUGCUUCACUGUGUCCAUAUUUUUGAAGUUAGGUGGUUGUCGGUGGUUUUUGGAGUUGUAUUUCUCAUACACUCUGCCCAUGUACUGCUGUGUAGUUGGUUUCUGGUUUAAUUGGAUCUUU